CGCCUGACAUACCUCGCCGUGAUACACGUCACGGCCGCGGCCGACCCCCGCUCCCUAUGAUCAGACGGACGUGCGGGCCACACCGCCCUCGGCGGACAUGCCUCCGACCUCCGACGGGCAGCUGGUGAGCAAGAGCCGAGCAAUGGUUGUCCAGACCCGUGUGGAUACUACAAUAGAACAUGCAUGUUCUAUUGUAUACGGCCCGACCCGUAGGUCUCGGACGGGCCCAGGAAAGCCCAUACACCACACGGCAGGGAACCAGUUGUUUUCGAUCCUCGAAAAGGCGGUGAGAAGGGGACGCGUUAGUUCCCCCUUCCUCGCCAUAAUCGGGCAACUUUUUGCGCCGUUACAGCGAUUACUACCGGAAGAAUUUCCCACGACUUUCGGCGUGGCGAAAACAAUAUCUGCUGCAAAUAUUGCUUUCCGACCAUCGAGAAGUGGUCGUGUUGUUUACGAUAAUGGCGACUUUCUCCCUAUUCUAUACGUCAUUGGAUUUCCGAGGCCAUAUAUCAACGGGGGAAGUGCCCUAGAAGGCAAAUAGUCAUUUUGCUCGGAUGGCCAAAAGGGGUUGGCGCUGCACGAAAUAGGUGGAAAGUUGCCAUGAUGCACUCACGGGAACCUGAUGAGGCAGUGUACCAUUUAUCAGCCCGAAAACUUGUCCAAUAGUGGCGAGGAAGGUAAACUAUUGCGUCCCCUUUCUUCUGCCUUUCCGAGGGUCGAAAACAUUCGGUUCCCUACCGUGCCACCGUCGUAUGAACGGCUGUACCACAUGCUUGGAAACCACGAAUCAGCUCUCCGGGUCGAACAAGCACGGGCGGUUCAGAGCUAGUACUCUCUGCUCUCGUGUUUACUCCGUCAAUCGGCAGCUCUACUUAUCAAAGAUGCUCCCCUGCGCGGUACAUGUCUCGUUCAUACUCUUCCUCCCGAUCCUAGCUGAUCACUCUGUCGAGUCUGAGCGUCGGAACCAGUCUCUGGCUCUGACUUAGGUUACUAACAACUUCAAAUCGCCCAGAGUAGACUCCGAUCGCAUGUGCGGCACUCUGACGAUUGCUGCUCCAUCAUCAGGCGAACCUGUCAUCAUCUAUAUUCCUGUGAUAUUGGAAGACGUUCUCAAAUAUCGUCGGAAGGACCAUUCAGUCGGGGGCUCUGCUAUUCUUGCGAUGCAGGCGAAGGCAGCAGUGUGGUGCUGACAGUACUACGUCCCCGCGCGGACUUGUUCGAUAGCCUGCAGAGGAAGCCGAGGGAAGGCAAGGCAAUAUUGGACUUCUCUUCCUACCGGUUCGGGAACCUAGCAAGGCACGCGGCCCCGGUUCUGUACGUCGAGCCACCGACCUGACUUUUCCAGGCUGACUGCGGGUCCGCUACAUAGUAUGGACGAGACGGGGA